UGUCUGUGACGUCACAUUGUUUUUUCCCAAUUGAGUCAAUGAAUCACCACUAAAAACAAAGUUCUUUUAAUUCAUUAAUAAAUCGCCUUCCUUUGGUGAAGUUAAGAUGUUUUCCAGCGGUCCCAACUACAACAAGCUGAAGACCAAUCUCCGAUUGGCUCUGAACCGGCUCAAGUUGCUUGAGAAGAAGAAGGCGGAGCUGACACAAAAAUCCAGGAAGGAAAUAGCCGACUAUUUGGCCACAGGAAAAACGGAGAGGGCACGAAUUCGCGUGGAGCACAUUAUAAGAGAGGACUACCUUGUGGAAGCUAUGGAAAUGGUGGAAAUGUACUGUGACCUGUUGCUCGCAAGAUUUGGCCUGAUCACACAGAUGAAAGAACUGGACAGUGGAAUCGCAGAACCGGUGGCCAGUUUAGUUUGGGUUUGUCCUCGACUCCAGAGUGAUAUAGCUGAGCUGAAGAUCAUAUCUGAUAUAUUUGUCACCAAAUACGGCCCCCAAUUCGCCGAGCAAUCAAGAACGGCCACCGGAGAGCACUAUGUGUCAGAGAAACUGAUGCACAAGCUUACGCUGCAAGCACCGCCCAAGCUUCUGGUGGAAAAUUACCUCAUUGCCAUUGCCAAGAACUACAAUAUCGAAUACGAGCCGGAUCCACAAGUUAUGCAGGAAGAACAGCCUCAGCAGCCGCAUCUAAUUGACCUAUCCGAUCGGAACAACUUGAGUGGAGGUGGUGGUGGUGCUCCACCGCCGCAAAUGGGCUUCAUUGGUUAUCCGGCAGUGCCGCCGCUACCGCAUAUGCCGGAGCCACCGAGUGUCAAGCCCUUCAAUUACCCACCCUUCGGUGGAGGUGGCGGUGGAGGCGGAGGUGGUGCCCCUGCCGGCGCUUAUGCUGUACCCCAUCACCCACAGCCACCGCCACCAUUUGCCUACAAUAUACCGCCCACUCAGCCGGCGCCGCCUGCAGUUCUGCCACCCAAGUGUGCCGAGGAGAAGGACCUAAACACCAACUUCAUCAAUCGUGAAUCGAACAAUACGGAUGGCUCGGGCAGCCCGGAUGAGAAUAUUUUGCGCCCUAAACCCGAAAAUGAUCCGCCGCCGCGGUACACAUCUAUUAAUCCCGUAAACCUCCAGAAUGCCAAUAAACCCAAACCCCAACCCCGAUCCAAGCUGCCACCGGGCAAUCCCACGCAACCAAGUGCUCCUCCACCGUUGGAUUUCCCCUCGCUUCCCAACGUACCCAAUGAUCUGCCAGAUAUCCCGGGUGCAGGCCCCGAGAAAAAGGACGACGAAGAAGAGAUCGAUUUUGAUGACCUUUCACGCCGGUUUGAGAACCUCAAGAAACGAAAGUGAAGCAGAAGGCAGAAAAUCCACUUUUUAAUACUACAGUAUAUUUGUUAUAAUCUCUGUCCUGUUCUAUAAAUAAUCCCAUAUAUAUAUA